AUGGAUUCGGACCCAAACACUAAAGUAUUAAAAGAGAUGAAGUCGUUCAAACCGGUGGUGGGGAAGAGCCUCCUGUCGUCCGUCACGGCGGUGGAGUUCCUCUUGGACCGACAGUUGGACUUCCUGCCUGAACACACCGCCCUGCAGCCGUACCAGAACUCACUGCAUCCUUUACCUCCUUCUCCUCCUUCCUCUCCUUUACCUCCUUCUCCUUCCUCUCCUCCCCCUCCUUCUUCUUCUUCUCCUUCUCCUUUUUCCUUCUCCUCCUUUGCCUCCAUCUCCUUCCUCUCCCCCUUCUCCUUCUCCUCCUUCCCCUCCUUCCUCUCCUUCCCUCCUUCUCCUUCUUUCCCCCCUUCUCCUCCUUCCUCUCCUUCCCCUCCUUCUCCUCCUUCUCCUCCUUUGCCUCCUUCCUCUCCUUUCCCCCCUUCCCCUCCUUCUCCUUCUUUCCCCCCUUCUCCUCCUUCCCCUCCUUCUCCUCCUUCUCCUCCUUCCCCUCCUUCCUCUCCUUCGCCUCCUUCCUCUCCUUUCCCCCCUUCUCCUCCUUCCCCUCCUUCCUCUCCUUCUCCCCCUUCUCCUCCUUCUCCCCCUUCUCCUCCUUUCCCCCCUUCUCCUCCUUCCCCUCCUUCUCCUCCUUCCCCUCCUUCUCCUCCUUUCCCCCCCUUCUCCUCCUUGCUCACUCAGUCAGAGCAGGGAGGUGGAGAUGACGUGGACGGCCAGAGCCCACUCCUGAGAGACCACCCACAGCUGCAUGAAGAGGUCAAGUGCUGGCUCAAGGACCAGAAGGUUCAGGAAAUUUUUAUGCAAGGUCCAUACUCUCUAAAUGGCUACCGUGUCCGUGUGUAUCGACAAGACUCUGCCACCCAGUGGUUCACUGGCAUCAUUACACACCACGACCUGUUCAGUCGCAAUAUGGUUGUCAUGAACGACCAGGUGCUAGAGCCUCAGAACGUCGACCCCUCUAUGCUCCAGAUGACCUUUCUAGAUGAUGUUGUCCAUUCACUGCUGAAAGGAGAAAACAUUGGAAUCCAGUCAAGAAGAAGGUCGCGCUCGAGCCAGAACAACAACAACAACUCCACUCAUAUGGCCGGAGGGAGACCCAGCGGAACCACAGGCGCAACUCAGACUCAUUAUACCAGAGCUCAGGCCAACAGCCCCCGCCCCAUUAUGACCUCAUCAGGCAACACUAAGGGUUCCCAGGGUUCACUGCAGCAGACCCAGCAGCAGGCUAACCACUCCCCCAGCAGCUACACACGGGAACCCAAAGAACCACGAACCGCCCGCGCAUGCCGGAGGAAGGGCUCUGACAGCAGCCUCCCAGAAGAGGACAAAGACUCCCUGGCAAGAGACUCAAAGUCAAAGGCAAAGCUGGUGAUGAACAAGCGCAGAAAAGGAGAGGAGGAUGAGAAAAAGGCAGGUCCUAAACGACUAAAGACUGAAAUCACGUCCGAUCUUUCAGAAAGUAGUGACUCUGAGAAUCCACACAAGAGGACCGCCCACUCCUCCUGCUCCUCCUCAUCCUCCUCUUCGUCGUCCUCCUCCUCCUCUUCCUCCUCCUCCUCCGAGACUAACUCUGAGAACGAGCUAAAGACUCGAAACAGUGAUGUCAAAGUAAACGUUUCUAAGAUGGAGGAUGAAGAGAAACCUCUGAUCCAGGGAUGCAAAAGUAACCCGUGGCCCGAGCUGCUUCUGUCGGAGGAAAGCAAAAAGGGACUUCUUAAAGAGCCUUCUGCGGCGAUAUCGAAAGAAGAAGAAGAACUGGUGGCAGUAACACAGAUCACUCAGUCUCCCCAAGGGCCGUCCCAGGGCAGCGUCCACAGCAACAGUGUGAUCGACAUCUCAGACGACCCCCAGGCCACCGUGGACCAGGAGAGCUCUGAGGCGGUGUCUGCUCUGCUGGCCUCGCAGAAGGCAGAGUCCACGUCCCUGUCCCCGUACCUGCCCCUGAACCCGUCGCCCGUUUGCUCGCCGCCAGUGCCCCCCUCGCCUUCAGAGAGCCGCAGAGAACCAGAGCCUGCCCCACAGCCCCACAGCAUUCUGGGAGGUGCCCCCACGGUCCCUAAAGCCCCAAACAAGACUGAGACGGCCCCAUCGGAGGUGAUCCGAGCCGUCACAUCUGUGUCUGAAAGUUUGGAGAAACCAGUCAUUCCUCAUGUGGUUCAGCAAACGCCCUUUAGCCACAUACAUUCUGGAAUCCGGAGUCCCCCGCCGCCGGUUGAAGAGAGCCGAAAAAGCCAUCUCCAGCCAAUCCAUCCGCUCCAGAGACGCAGCCCAGACAAGAAGAGCCCCAGUCCCAAGCCUGUACCCCCCGAGGCCCACAAAGUCACCCCCCAGCACCCCUCACAUCCUCAGGGCCACCCUCAGAGCCACGGCCACCACCCUCACAUGUACCCCCCCACAGGCCCGGAAUAUCCCAGGGCAAAGUUCUCCCCAGGACUCUUGGACAUUUCUAAACCUAAACCAAACACCUCUCCAGAGGUGUCUAAACAUAAAAUGCAGCGAUACUCUGACAACUGCUCUUCCCCUGUGGGUCGUCUCUCCUCAAAAGUGGACUCAGGAGACACGCCCCGCUCCAGUUUUAAACCAGUUCAGUCUCGCUCAGAGUCAGCUGGACGUUGCACCCCCACCAGCACCAAAAGCCCUCUGAUCAUUGACAAGAAUGAGACGUUUACUGUUUAUAGGGACCCUGCACUUGUUCGUUCUGAUGUCGACAAUACUCCCUCGGUCUCCUCCAAUCACGUAGCAGCAUAUCUGCACCCCCACCUGCACGCUCUUCCCUCGCCACACUCGCCCUGCCUAACGCCCACUCCCCACCUCCUGGCUCCUCCACACACUUCAGGCCUACCUCACCCACACCUAUUACCUCCAGGGGUUCUCCCGUCGGCCUCUCUCCUUGGGGGCCCUUCUCGGCUCGACUCUCCUGGUGCUCUGGGUCACCUGGCCCUGACACACCAGCAGCAGUUCCUUCAGGGUCAAGGCCCUCAUCCUCCUCUCUUAGCCCAGGCGCACAGUGGAGCAGCAGGAUUGGGACUGUACCCAAUCCUCUGGCAGUAUCCCAAUGGAACACCUGCAUCUUACCCCCCAGGCCUGAACCUGACCCCCGCGGCCAAGUGGGUCCACCACGACAGCCCAGUGUCAGUCAGCUCUGAGGCUCUGCGGCGGAAUACUGCCAGUCCGUGGCUCCAUCAGGCCGGAGCCGGAGCCGACGGUUUGGGUUUGCUGAGUCAUGUUCCAGUCCGACCGGCCAGCGCCGACGCUCACCGCUCGAUCAAGAUCUCCCACACCAGCCCGCCCCUGUCCAAAACCUGCAUGGACAUCCAUAAAGAUGAUUCUGAUAAGAAGAGCUUCAUGGAGCCCAUCAGGACCAUGACCCUGGCUCAGUUGAAACAGGAGCAGAACGAUCGCAGCCGAACUCCCACAGGAAAGGACCACCUCCACCGCUUCUACCCCGACCACAGCAAAGCCCGGCUCACUCAGGAGAUCAUCCAUGUGACGGACCGGGCCAUUAAGUAUAAGGAGGAGAAUCGGCAGAUCCUGAAGGAGAGUAUAGAGGUCGCACCUUUCACCGCAAAGAUCCAGCGAUCCAACGAGCAAAGCCUGAUCCGGGACAGAGACCACACCCGUGAACCUGCCUUCUCUCCACGGAUUCUGGCCUCCCCCAGUCACAAAUCUGCUCACUCACACCCCCACGUUAUCCAAGAGAAAAGCAACUACUUUACUGCAUUGUCCAACAGUGUAGUGAAUGAGCCCCCGAGACUGUAUCCGUCUAAGGAAAGUGCGUUCUAUGACAAAGUGUCUGUGGGAGCAUCCGGAGUGGUGGCCAGUGUCGGUGCAGCUGUCCCCAGUGCAGGGGUGCUGUCUCUGGGCAACUACAGCUCUAAAGGUUCUCUGUCCAAGCCUCCUCCCCUCAUUAAGCACCAGCCUGAAGGAGGAGAGGGUCUGGCUGGGAAGAUCACGGAGCAGUUGAGCCAACAGGUGGCGCUUGUGCAGUCUCACCACUUGCCUCACCACAGCCCUGUCAUCUGCCCUCUGUCCUCCACCACUGCCCUGGCCGCGCAGCAGAUCAGGGCCAUGCCGUCUCUGCAUCGAGCCCCUGUCUUCCACCCCCCUAUACAGCACUCUCUGGAACGUAAGGAGCCUGAACGAGAGCGAGUGGUUUACAGCGGGCGUCUCUCUCCUCCUACUCUGACGCCCAUUCAGCCUGUCAGUUUACUUUCAGGAGGCAGUAAGAGCUGUGUGGAGCAGCAGAAACCCCCCACACUGCUGCCUGAACUCAGGGACCUUAAAGCUCACGGAGCGGUCACUCACAACACAUCCAUGGGGCCUACCAGCAGAACAGAGCUGAACCAACUGGAUGCAUGGAGGAACAGAGAAAUCAUUCAGGAAAAAGGAGGAGUAAGGUCCGCUCAGGACUUGGAUUAUUGUCACUCCCUGAGAGGUGGCAUUGGCAGCAUAGGUCCCCUGCAUUCUGGAGAAAACCAUGAGCGGCUGUCGACGCCCUCUCCUGGAGGCUCCGUCACAGGCUCUGAUCAGCUCAGCCCCAGUGGUUCUGUCUCAGGUGGUAAUCAGCUGUACCCCUCUUCAUUUGUCCAUCUGAAAAAGCACAAAGCUGCCUGGGCUGCAGCACAAUCACGGACUUCUGUCUCUUGCUCUGAUGUGGUGGAGAAAAUGUCCACUCAGCCCUCACCGCCUCCAGCCCGUAUGAGCCAACCCUCUCCUUCUUUUGACAGUAGCAGCAACAGCUCCACCAGUGGGUCCACAACACCCAACAAAUCAAGCCCUAUUCCUAAUGGUCAGGCCUCUACUUCAGCCACAUGCUCUCAACAAUCAAACAACUACCAUAAGCUGAAGAAGGCCUGGUUAACCCGCCACUCUGAGGAGGACAGGAGCACCAGCAGUCCCUCCGCUCCGCCUGUGGUCAAAGCCGAGAAGACAGUCCACCCCAUCAGCUGCAGCACCUCCAGCAGCACCACAUCCAUGACCGACAUGAUCAAACCCUGCACCGUCAACCUCAGUGCCUCCACCUCCAGUGAAGUGGACGUUAGUAAAGACAGCGGCACCAGGGGUCAGUCUGAGGACAAGGCGGAGGAGAGGAGAGCUGUGUCCUCCAGACGGGGGCCCAAAAGGUCAUAUGAGUCCGGCUCCGAGAGUGGAGCUGAUGACUCGGAUACGAGUGAGAGCAAGAUCGAAGGUCGUGCCAAACGUCAGCCCAAGCCCACAUACAAGAAGAAACAGAAUGACAUGGCCAAAAGGAGAGGGGACGACAAAGAUGACGAAGAUUUGAAACCCAACGGCAUUUUCCGUUCCGCUCGAGAAAAGACUAAAUUGAAAUUGGCCAGCAGCAAUGGGAUCCCCCGCUCUGUGUUGAAGGACUGGAGAAAGGUGAAGAAGUUAAAGCAGACAGGAGAGUCUUUUCUCCAAGACGACUCGUGUGUUGAGAUCGGGCCUAACCUCCAGAAAUGUCGGGAGUGCAGAGUGAUCCGCUCCAAGAAGGGCGAGGAGCCCAUUCACUCUCCCGUCUUCUGCCGCUUCUACUAUUUCAGACGGCUCACCUACACUAAAAAUGGAGUGAUCCGCGUGGACGGCUUCUCCUCUCCAGACCAGUUCGAUGAUGAGGCUCUUUCUCUCUGGGCCCCAAAGCCGGCAGAAGACACUCACCUCAGCCACAGCAUUGCAAAGUACAUUCUAGGAUUCAUCGGUGACAAGUUCUGCCAAAUGGUCUCCAUUGAGAACACUGCUGCAAGCUGGAUUAAGAAGGAUGCCAAGUUUGCUUGGAAGCGAGCAGUCCGAGGAGUGAGGGAAAUGUGUGACGCUUGUGAAGCAACUCUCUUCAACAUCCACUGGGUGUGUCAGAAAUGUGGCUUUGUGGUCUGCCUGGACUGCUACAAGGCCAAAGAGAAGAAGAGCUCCAAAGACAAAGAACUCUACACCUGGCUCAAGUGUGUGAAAGGCCAAUCCCACGACCACAAACAUCUGAUGCCCACUCAGAUCAUCCCAGGCACAGUGCUUUCUGAUCUGGUAACAUCUAUGCACGCGCUGAGAGAGAAGCUGAACAUCAAAGCUCAUUGUUCUUGUGCAGCCAACAAACUCCUCUCCAAGCUUCCAAACACCAACGGAGUGUCCCAGGUUCUGCAGAACGUUCUCAACCACAGUAACAAGCUGUCAGCGGUCAAGGCCGAGUCCACAGGUCUACAGCAGAAGUCGGACCAGACUGGAACUAAAGCUGAGACCAAUGGUGGAGGUUGCAGCCCAUCCAGCGACACAGGCAGUGGUCUGGCCACGCCCCCAGAGUCCCAGUCUCCUCUGCACUUUCUGGCAAAUCUGGCCGAGCAGAAGUCCAAAGAGGAGAAGAAAGAAAAUAAAGAGUCGUUACUGGGUAAAUCUGUGAAGGAGGAGAAGGAGGGGGACCUGGAGCUGCUGCAGCACUGUAAAGGCAACUCUCUGGUGAGCAACAGCACAGAGCAGGGGUCCACUCUGAGAGACCUCCUCACCACCACCGCAGGAAAACUCAAGCUGGGCUCCACAGACGCUGGGAUUGCUUUUGCACCUGUUUACUCCACUGCCUCUCAGACCGGGAAAGGAGGAAGAACGAUGCCCAAUAUCCUGGAUGACAUCAUUGCCUCAGUGGUGGAGAACAAAAUUCCUGCCAGUCGUCAAAACCUCACCUCGAAGCUGUCGCUCAAACAGGAGUCCGCGAUCUUAAACAACAACAGCAGCUCCAGCCCCGGCGCUCCAGACGACUCCAAGACAGACAAAAAGAAGUCCGUCACUCCAGCAGACGAAUCCACAAACCAGUAUCCAGAUAUUCCCCACGGCUGGUUAAACAACAAGCGGCUGCUGUGGCUCAAAGACCAUCGGAACCAGAACAACUGGAAGCUGUUCAGAGACAGCUGGAGACAGGGGCAGCCUGUGUUGGUGUCUGGGAUCCACAAGCGACUCAACGCCAGUAUGUGGAAGGCCGACUCCUUCAACCAGGAGUUCGCUGACCACCAAGGAGAUCUCCUCAACUGCAAGGACCAAGUGGUGUCCAACUCUGGAAUCAAGGAGUUCUGGGAUGGGUUCGAAGACAUCACCAAGCGACCUAAGUCCAAAGAUGGAGACCCGAUGGUCUACAGGCUGAAGGACUGGCCUUCAGGAGAGGAGUUCAUGGCUCUCAUGCCCUCCAGAUAUGACGACCUGAUGAAGAACCUGCCUCUGCCGGAGUACUCUGACCCAGAGGGCAGUCUAAACCUGGCCUCUCAUCUGCCAUCGUUCUUCGUCAGGCCGGACCUGGGUCCCAGACUCUGCUGUGCAUAUGGUGUAGCUGCGUCUCAGGACCAGGACUUUGGCACCGCCAACCUUCACCUCGAGGUCUCGGACGUUGUCUCCGUCCUGGUUUACGUGGGAGUGGCCAAAGGCAAUGGAGUUUUGUCCAAAACAGGAGUGUUAAAGCGGCUGGAGGAGGAGGACCUGGACGAGGGGGUUCGCCGCAGACUGAAGGACUCCUCCGAAACACCAGGGGCACUAUGGCACAUCUACCUCAACAGAGAUCACGACAAAGUGCGGGAGUUCCUUCACAAGCUCUGUAAGGAGCAGGGUCUGGACGUGGCUCAGGACCAGGACCCUCUGAGGGAGCACGGCUGGUACUUGAGCCGGAAGCAGCGGCAGCGCCUCCUGGACCAGCACGGGGUCCACUCCUGGACCGUGGUGCAGUUUCUGGGAGACUCUGUGAUCGUCCCGGCAGGAGCCAUGCUCCAGGUGCAGAAUCUUCACAGCUGUAUCCAGGUCAUCAAUGACUUUGUGUCUCCUGAACAUGUGGCCAACUCCUUUCAGCUCACACAGGAGCUGCGGCCGACCAAAGAAGAGGUCAACUAUGAAGAUAAGCUGCAGGUGAAGAACAUUCUGUACCACUGUGUGAAGGAGGCCGUGAGUGCCCUGAAGAGGAGCAGCACUGAACCGGACACGUAA